AUGGCGCACAACCAGGAGCUUCUAGCCAAGACCCCCAUCAUCAAGUUCAGGCAACAGGACUUUUACUCCUUGCGGGAUUAUUGCCUAAACAGAGGGCUGCUGUGUGAGGAUGAGACAUUCCCUGCUGAGACUUAUUCCAUAGGUCUACAGCUGCUCAAGGGAAAAAACCUCUCCAGCCUAAGCUGGAUGCGGCCAAAGGAUUUAUUGAAGGGUAAAUCAGAGCCUCACUUCAUCCUGGAAGGUGUGAGCAGUUUCGACAUCCAACAGGGGGAGGCAGGAGAUUGCUGGUUCCUGGCAGCACUGGGCUCCUUGACACAGAACCCACAGCAUCUGCAGAAGAUCCUAAUGGACCAAAACUUUUCAUACCAAUAUACAGGGAUUUUCCAUUUUCCGUUCUGGCAGUGUGGCCAGUGGGUGGAAGUGGUGAUUGACGAGCGCCUACCUGUCCUGAACAGUGAGCACUUCGUUAAUCCUCGCAACAAACAAGAGUGAGCAUGGACUUGCUGUCCUGAUCGUGCUCACAGCAAGUUUCAUGGGUCCUAUGUCAACCUGCACCAUGGCUACCUCCCUGAGGUGGACCUCACGGGAGGGGUGGUCACCAGCAUCAGCCUGCAUUCCUCCUCGUCUGACCUGAUGACAGUGGUGAAGAUGGUAGCCGAGGCAGGCUCCCUGAUGACCUGCAGCACCCUGGCCGGGCCGACAACUGAGUCCACGAGGAUGGCAAACGGGCUGGUGAGUCGGCAUGCCUACACAGGGACUGGCGCUGAGCAGAUUCAGUACAGGAGCGGCUGGGAAUAUCUUAUCCGCCUGUGGAACCCCUGGGGCGAGAGCGAAUGGAGAGGGCGCUGGAGUGACAGGUCUCUGGAGUGGCAGGAAACCCACGACCGACGGAAAAGCCAGUUGUAUGAAAAUAAGGAUGAUGGCGAGUUUUGGAUGUCAUGUCAAGAUUUCCGAGAUAACUUCUGCCUAUUUAUAUGUAAGCAAGUUCCAAUCAGCCUGGACCAUGGAAACGCACUCCAUGAAAGAUGGUCCCAACUGAUGUUUAAGAACCACUUAAUUCCAGGAAAUGUGGAAGGACCCCGGAGGGACAUGCAGUACAUCUUCUCUGUGCCAGAAAGCAUGGAAAACAACAAUGUCAUCGUGUCCUUCAGUUUUGUCAUGCCACAAAAUUUAAAGGCAACAGACAGGACAUGUCCACUGAAAUCCGAGGUGUUCAAGAUCGACUAUCAGUUCCAGCAUUUCCGAGAGAGAUUGCCGUCCACCUUUUUUUCCAAAUUCAGAACUGCUGAGAAGGGCAUCGUUUCUGAAACCACAUGCAACCUUACAGAGUGUUUCAGCCUGAGCCCUGGGACCUAUGUGGUGGUCGCCUCCGCAGGCAGAGAAGCAGUUGAGUUCUUGCUCCGAAUCUUCCUAAAGAUGCCAGACAGUGACAGGAACCUGGACGAUAAUCCCAACCUCAGACCACUGCAGAUCCAGGCAAGUCAUCCAGAAAUGGCUCCCAACGAAGCACUUUCUACAGAUACGCUCAGCAGUGAGAUGCCGCGAUUCUUUCGAGGAAGAAACUCAGUUGAUGGCGGGCACACAACACCGACUUCCCUGACGACUCCAGGGCUGGACGUUGAUCCAGGACUUUGCGCCAAGGUGCAUGGCUCGAGAGUAGAACCCAGACUGGACUCCAACUUCAUUUCUCCCCUUGGUGGAGACCCUCCGAACCCAGGUUCAGAGCCUUCUCAACCAGGAAUUCCUAAAAGGACCUCAGCGGACACAUCCUCUUUGGAUGAGUGCCGGAGCGUUGCGGCUCUGACGGAUCUGAAGGUGAACGGGCGGCUUGACCAAGAGGAGUUUUCAAGGCUGUGGAGCCGUCUUGUCCACUGCCAGAGUGUUUCCCAAAACUCCCGGAAGAACUCUGGAGUUUUCCGAAGCUCGGAUUUGUGGAAGGCCAUAAAGGACACAGACUUCCUUGCAGGGAUCUCCGUCACCAAUGAGCGGCUGGAUCUCAUGAGACUCCGCUAUAGCGACAGCACAGGCAGGGUCAGCUUCCCCAGCCUGGUCUGCGUCCUGAUGUGGCUUGAAGCCAUGACAAAAGCGUUCCAGAACCUCUCCAAGGACGGAAGAGGACUCUCCCUGACAGAAAUGGAGGUGAGGUACCUUCCCGUCACAGAGACAGGGCACAACCCCAGGCCGCCUCCCCUCACCUGA